AUGUCGGCGGACAAGAAGAACCAAGGCCUCUCCGAGAAGAGGGGUGUGCUACAGAGACUACAGGAAAAUUAUAGCCGCCUCAGGGCUUACCUAGCUCUGGCUACGCAAAACAUCGAGGAGCCAGAUAAAGAUCGGGACCGGGAUUCUUGGGCUCGGAGAGGGCGGGUGUCUAAACAGACACGAACGGGGGGAUGGCGGAAACAGGAUGCGAAAAAGCGAAGCCGCGAAGGUAUCGAACCACAGUCUGAGAGGGAGGUCGGGAAAACCGCAGUCGAUCUACUUGAUCGGAAAAUAGCAUCCUAUCGGAGUCGCAUUAGGCGAACCUCAGUUCAGCUACUCGUCGCCGCUGCUGCUGGCCAUCAACACCGCGAAACAAACCUAGCAACUAAGCAAGGUGGGCUCAUCAAGGGUAUCAAUCCCGGGAUUCUACGCAAGCAUCGCGCUUUUGACGUGCGACCCACGCCUAGUCUGACCUCUGAUGAGGCGGCUGCUAGAGCCGUCAAGAACUGGAUGAAUCGACGUAAGGCUGGACUAGAUUCCGAUACCGAUUCCGACGGUGACGAUGACGGUGACGACGGUAGUGCGAUGGUCAAAAUGGUUAUGGCCAUGAUGGCUCAACCUAUAGAAGAGGGGUCAUCCUUAGUAGGAGAAAAGUCGGCAACUUCAUCACAGACCUCAAAUGGCGCAUAUCAUCCAGCUGCUGAGGAUCCGAACGUCUACGAUCCUAUAUUGUGGAAACCCUUUUUGAAUACUGACAUUGAUUGGCUCAAGGAUGAUAUAGCCAUGGCACAAUUCAAAAACCUACCAGACCAUACGCCGAUAGGGCCAAGGACCUGGAGGGAACAGGAGAAGGCAUUCCCAGUUCUAGAUUCGGUUUUCGAAAUGCGGAGAAAGGACAAGUCUGAAUUAUGGGAUCCAGACACUAGGAUCCAAGAAGAGGCCAAUUUGUCUGAGCGUCCUCCGCUAGAGGCCGACAUAAACACAUUGUUGUCGCUCGAGAGGCAAGAGAACCUUAGACGGCGAGAAAAGGGAGCUAUAUAUUACGAAUAUUCGCGAGUUCCGCUUAAAAUACCCGAUAGAUUGAGUGAGGAAGAAAUAAGACGCGGGCCUCUCCCAACACUACCGCGUCUACCAUUAAAGGCAACCUCCGGAAGAGAGGUGAAGCUUGGUAGGACGCCUACACCUCCAUUUGUGUCCGACCUCGCGGAACGGAAGCGCAAGUUCCUGAACAUGACCCAUGGGAACCCGACUCCAGUCGCUAAAUUCCACUACCCCGUUGACUCGCCCACCGUCUCAGCCUUCAAGCUCGAUGAUGGUAGGCAAGUCUCCGACAUUCUCAAACCAGGACCACUAGACGAACCCCACCAGGUCCGCGGUAGCCAGGCGAUUGUGGACUAUGGAAAGGAGGUGGAGAAUCGAAUAGCCGGCUUGAAGGAAGCCUAUCAUCCGGAAGACCUGCCGCCGCCCCCCCAUCCAGACUUCAGGCCGGACGGUUAUGGCACCAAUAUGACCGAUGAUAGGAAACAAGAAUUCGUACGCAGGAGGAGGGAGUCCUUGAAGAAAGCGCACGAGGCCCACCCACAGGCGAUUAGAAGAGAACGGGCUGCCAGACGAGCGGCAACGUCCAAGCAAAAGGAGACUAUGAAUAGACCUCGAGAGGUACACCCUAAAAACCCAUUUUGGCAUUUCGAAGAUGUGAAUGACUCGGAGUCGCGCCUACACAAUGAUGGGAAGACGGGCAACGAAUGA